AUGGCGACUCCCACGCCCCCAGCUCCGCCCGUUGGCCCUGACACGCUGGUCACCAUCAAGAUCCUGCAGAACGAAUCUGUCAACCGCCGCGUCAAGAUCCCUCUGCGAGAUCUGGGCGCCCGUGUCUUUCCCCAGAAGAUUCGCCAACUCCUCGCCAUUCCUCCCCACUUUACCUUGUCUCUCGAGCGCUACUCGGACAGUGCUGCCAGCUACGUGCAGCUGGAUAGUGAGAACCCGGCCAUCUACAAACAGCUCUACCGUGCCGCCAAAGCGAAGCUCAAGCUCCGUAUCAAGGUGACUUCGUCCCCGACGACACCCAGUGCCGAAGCUCCCGCAGCUUCCAUCCUUGAACUCCCAUCGCAGAAGGAACAAGCUUCUCAGCGUCACAGCUAUCUGGAUACUGUUCUCAGCUCGCCGCUUUCCAACACCAUGCCUCAAGACGCCGAGGCUUCUCGCUCGCACGGCGUUGCUCCUCUGCCCUUGUCGUUCAAACCGCCACAGUCUGCAUAUGCCCUUCGGUUUUCCAAGGAUGACACUGCAAAUGGUUCGUUCUGUAUAGAUUGCAACCACUGUGGACGCGUGAUCUCUACCGACCACUACCACUGCGCCAUUUGCGAUGACGGAGACUACGACUUGUGCCUUGGUUGCGUCGAGGCGGGUGUGACCUGCUCUGGCGACGAGCACUGGCUUCUUAAACGCCUGGUUCAGAAUGGACUUAUAAAAAAUAGCACCACCGAAACCCUUGCUCCAAAGCGGGUUCAAGAGCCUUCGGUGCACAAGCCAUCCAACGACCUUCAGAAAUCAGGCUGCUCCAAGACAGCCCCACUAGCUAAACAAGCGGCCAAUAUUAUCGCCCAAGCCCUUGAUGUUGGCGAUAAGCGCACCUGUGACGCUUGCUUCCGUGAAUUCCCCGAGGCCAAGAUGGUGACGUGCAACACCUGUGAAGACUAUGACUUGUGCUUUGCUUGUCUUUUGAAAAACGCCCAUAGCCACAGUCACAGCUUUUCGGCCAUUCAAUGCGGCGAAUUAGCUUCGAACAACUUGCCUGCCGGCCCAGUUCGCCAUCGAGCACUGUGCGAUGGAUGUGACAAGCGCAUUAUAGGAGAACGCCACAAGUGCCUUGCAUGUCCCGAUUUUGAUUAUUGCUCGUCAUGCAUCAAGGCGGCACAUCAGACUCACCCCGGCCACGGCUUCGUCCCCAUCUACAUGCCUCUUCCCAGCUCUAUUCAGCCCCAGGAACUUCACCACAACAUCUACUGCGAUGGACCUCUAUGCCGCAACAAGACUUCGGCGACUUGCAUCAUUGGCGUUCGCUACAAGUGUGCUAUCUGUCACGAUACUGACUUUUGCCAAGCCUGCGAAGCCCUGCCUACCAACCCACACAACCGUACCCAUCCAUUGAUCAAGUUCCAGACUGGUGUACGCAAUGUGAGUGUAAGCACGCUUGGCGAUGAUGGCUUUGGUGGUCGCCAAGUUGUCAUGGGCGAUCGUAGCGCUCCAGUGUUGCCGCCCACUUCUACGGUAGUCAGCCAAACUUCGGCUACACAGACCACCAACGAGGGUGAACAAAACGACGAGAAGGCAGAAGAAGCGGAGCAGCCUGAAACCCACCACCAGACUGCGGCAUCCGUAGAGGAGCCAGAGCCUGUGACCACUGAAGAGCACGGCGCCUACUUUACGCGGGACACAGUACCCGAUGGCACGCCCAUCGCCCCCUCUCACGUUUUCGAACAGACAUGGACGCUCUACAACCCUGGUCCGCUGUCAUGGCCUGUUGGAACUAGUGUUGGCUAUGUUGGUGGAGAUGUCAUGUUCAACAUUGACUCGGACCACCCUUCCAGCACUCAGGCGCUUCGGUCGGCCAUGUCCAGCAACGAAUUGACUAGCCCUGUGGGCCCAUCUGAGUCGGCUAACUUUACCGUUACUCUCAAGAGCCCUCAGCAAACCGGCACGGCCAUUUCGUACUGGCGUUUGAAGCUGCAAGACGGAACUCCAUUUGGACACAAGCUGUGGUGUGAUAUCAAGGUCGUUGAAGAGCCGCAAGCCGUGGAAGACCCAGUUGAAGAGCCUGCCGAAAUCAAGUCUGAGACUGCUCUGACUGAGAGUAACAUGAUUUUCCCCAAGCUCGAAAAGGAGUCCCCAGUCUCUAGCACCCAUGAGGCAAUCUCGACCGCUCCCCCGGCCCCUCCGUUGUCUAGCUCGGACGAGCGGGAUAUUUUGGAAGAUAUCGAGAGUCUGAAACUCGAAGAUGUCGACACCGAGGACGAGCCCGGGUUCCUCACCGAUGAUGAGUACGAUAUUUUGGAUGCCAGCGACCAGGAGUGCUUAAACGGCAAACACGCCUAA